AUGAAGGGAUCUCUGAAAAGAAUAAAGGAGAAAUUAAAAAGCACAAAGAAGAAAGGAUAUUAUAUAACAUUUUAUGAUAGAAUCAAACAAAUUAAUGAGAAGGAAAAGUUAGAAGAUUAUAAUUCUCUACAUGACAAUAAUUAUGAAGAUUAUUUAAAGUCUUUUAAUAAAAAUGAUAAUCAAAAUAAUACCGAAGAAUUAAAAAGAACCAACUUUUAUCGAGCUCUUAAUGAAUACCCCAAAGAUUGUUACAAUAAAGAUUUUAGGAGGUGCUGUAACGAGUUAUUAAUUUAUUCAAAAAAUUUAAUGGUUAUCCUACUAAACAAAGACAAAAUAUUCAGUAUUAUUUUUAAGUAUAUAGAACAUAGCAAAGUAAAAAAUGAUGAACAAUAUUUUUAUAAAUUAUUAGUUAUAUUAAUUAAAGAUUUAAAAGAUGAAAGCAGGAAAUAUUUGGAGGCAAUAUUAAAAAUUUUAUAUAAUAAAAUAAAUUUGAAUAAUUUAGAUCUUUUAGAAGAAAUAUUUAAUAGUUAUGCAAAUAUAUUUCGAUUAAUGAAUAAAACGAUAAUAAAAAAUAUAGACAAAUAUUUAAAAUUAGCUUUACCAUUAUUAUCUCAUCGUAAUAAUAUUAUAAAAAUAUUUAUUGCAGACAGUUUUUCUUAUUUAUUAAAAAAAUUAUCAUUACAUGAUCUUAUAUUAUGUUUUAAUAAAAUAUUCUCCUUUUUUAAUUACAUACCAAAAUCGAAAUUAAAUCAUUAUGCAGAAACAGUUAGUUUAUUAUUACUUGAAGCAUUAAAAGUAUAUAACAAAAAUAUAUCAAAAAAAAAAAUAUUACCUUUUUUAAAAUAUCUUAUAUGUUCCAUAUUCUUAAGACAAUCAUAUUAUUGUAAUGAAACAGAAGCUAUGUAUGAUUAUAUAAAUAUUGUUCCCAUGAAUUUUGUAGAAAAAUGUAUAUCUAAUUUUUUUCGAGAUUUUUAUAAUUUCAUAAAGGAUGAUGAAACUUCAUAUGAAUUUAUUGAAUUAUUCUUAACUUUCCUUUUAAAAAAUUAUUCUCUCUUAUAUAAUAAAUAUUACAAUAAAGUGAUAACCCUUUCGUACCAUAAUAAUAAUAAUAAUAUAGAUAAUGAUAUGGAUAAUUUGUUAAAUUUUAAAAGUGUACAAAGUCAAUUAAUUUGUCAUGAGAUAUAUACAAAAUGUUAUAAAUGUGAAACCUUAUACAAAGAAUUAAAAGAGAAUGUAUCUGUUCAUACAUAUGAGAAAAGUAACCAUAUUGAUUAUAAAGAAAACAUUAUUAUAACUCCUUCAUUUUUUGAAAAAUUACCCGUUCAUUAUAAUAUUAUACAUUCAAACAAUACAAAUAUAAAGAGUGAAAAUGGAGGAAAUUUAUCGACUAGUAAUAUUUCUGAAAUUGCACUUUUUAUAAAUUACACAUUUCCUGAAGCAACAUCCUUUUUGUUAAAAAAAAUAUUGUACAUAUGGCUAGAAAAAAGUGAUGAAAUGAAAAAUAUAAUUAUACAAACAUGCUUAGAUGAACUUACAAAAUAUAUAGAUUACUUGAAAGGUAUGCCAUUAAAUGAUUUGUCAUUUAUAUAUGUAAAAAAUAUAUAUGAUCAUGUUUUCUUUUUAUUAAAUUAUCAUUGUAUCAAUAAUGAGGAGAUAUGCAAUAUAUAUAUUUCUCUUGUUUACAAAUUUAUGAAUAUAAUAAAUACACAAUGGAAAAGGAGAAAAAAUAUGUUCUCCUUAUAUUUAUUAUCUUUUUUAAUUUUUCAUAUAUAUGAGCUUUUAAAUAAAAAGCACAUGAUUCAUUGUGAAGUGCAUUUUAAGUCUUUUUUAAAAUGCGUGUUUAUCAGCCUAUGGAAAUAUUUUAUCCAAAUGGAAAUGAUUGAUUUUUAUCAAAAUAAUAUGUAUAUAAUUAAUGGACUUAAUAAAAUGAAGAAACGUAAUACUGGUCAUGAACAUGUAAAUAUUAUAUUACAAGAAGAUAGUACAAUUAAAAUUAACCAAGUUUAUAAUAAUAAUAAUAAUGAGGAGGAGACGGAACAAAAUAUGUAUAAGUCUAAUAUAUGUUGUAAGGAUUUUUCUUUCAUGUUAAACAAUCUUUAUAUAGGGAUAUUAUAUAUACUGAAUGAUUUAUUAAAAUACGUAAUAUCCCUAAAUCAAAAUGAUAAUAUUAUGAUUAAUGAAAUAAAUGAGAAAGAUAAUAAAACACUUAAAAAAAAAAAUUCACAUAAUGACAAUAUGUAUCAAACACAAAGUAACAGUAAUAUCAUCAUUAAUAAUAAUAAUAAUAAUAAUAAUAUUAGUGAUGUACAUUUUUUUAAUAAAUAUAAAAUGUAUAAUAAAAAUUAUAUCCAUCAUAAUAAUAACAAAAAUAAUAAGAAAAAUAAUUCGUUUUUUAAAGAAAUUGAAAAGGAAUUGGAAAAUAUGUUAAUAUAUAUUUUUAAUAACAUCCAAUAUUUAAAUAUAAUUUUAAAUGAUAUAAGUGAGUGUGAUAAAAAUAUUAGUACCAUUGAACAAAAUGAAAAUAAACUUAUUCAAAUAAAAUACACAAUAAUUUUAUUAAGUAGUUAUAUUAAUUUAUUUUCAGAAAUAAUUUGUACUACUAAUUUAUGUAUAUAUAACCAAUUUAAUAAUGUAGAAAGAAUAUCUCCUUUAUUUUAUAAUAUUUGUGAAAUUUCACAAAAAUUUAAAAAGAACAAUUACUUUUUAAAUAUUUGUAAAGAUAAAAAUAAAUUGUUAGAUAUGAAUAUAUAUGUCAAUAACAUUAUACUUGAUAUUACUAAUAUUAUAAUAAUAUUAUCAAAAGAAUCUGGACAUAUAAGUGAAAAUUUACUUUUAACAUAUAAUAUGUUUUUAUUAAAUUGUUUAAAUGAUUGGGAUAAAUCAGAUAUAUGUAAUUUACAUUAUUUACCAAAAAUGAAAAGUAUUAUACUUAAUUUAUAUAAUGUAAAUUAUUUCAAAAAUAAUAUUAAUGAUAUAUUUUUGUUUUUAAAAAUUUUAAAAAAAUUUCUUUUAUUUUAUGAUACUAUUUUAAUAACAAGAAAGGAAUUAAUAGAAAUCGUCAAACUUUUAAUGUCCAUAUAUGCAGAAUUGAAAUUAUAUAAAUGCAAAGUACAUGAUAAUAUGGAUGAUAAUACUAUAUAUAUGAUUAUUAAUGGAUAUGACAAAAUAUUUUCAAUCUUUGAUAUGUUCCUAUCUUUAGAAUGUGAUAAAUAUUUAAGUACUUAUCAAAAUAUAUAUCAUUCUAAAAUUGAAGAUAUAGUAAAUAAUCUCGAUCAUUUUAAAAAAUAUAAUAUAUUUAAUGACAAAGAUCGAAUAUUCAAAGUAGCUACCAAGUUUUUUGUAAGUGAAAUAAUUAUGUUAUUAAAUGUACCACUCGUGACGGUACCAAAAGCCAUUGUUGAUCGUAUGAAGAAAUACUUACGUACUUUUAGUAAUAAUCAUGAUAUAAAUUCUAAUAGGGACGAUUUUUCGUUCGACUUUUACUUUUAUGUAGUAAAUUGUAUUUUUAAAAAUAGUAGGAAAAAAAUAGACAUGAUAGAAUAUAAUAUUAAUUUGAAAAAUAUGGAGAAAUAUAAUAUGAUAAAUAAUUCUGAUUAUAAAAAUAAAAGUGAAGAAAUUAUUUUUCAACACGCAAAUGAUGAUAUAUAUCCAUCAGCUUGUGAUGAUAAAUAUGGAGAUAAUAAUAAUAUUAUAAAUGGCCAUAAUAUUUCAAGUGACAAUAAUUAUAUAAGUGUCCAUAAUAUUUCAAGUGACAAUAAUUAUAUAAGUGGCCAUAAUAUUUCAAGUGACAAUAAUUAUAUAAGUGUCCAUAAUAUUUCAAGUAACAAUAAUUAUAUAAGUGGCCAUAAUAUUUCAAGUGACAAUAAUAAUAAUAUUAAUAAUUAUGAAUGCCCUAAUAAAAUAGAUGGUAACAUAUCAAUUAAUUGUAUUCAUGAAAAUUUUAAAAAAUUGAUAUAUUCAAAUAUAAAAGAUGGACAAGAAAAUAUAGAGAAUUAUUUAAAUGUAAAAGAAAAAAAAAUGUUCAUUUUAUUAGAAGAAAAUUAUAACGAAUUGUUUUUUAAAAAUAUUCUUAUAUCUUUUGAUAUAAUUGCUGUACCAUAUCCAAAUAACUUGCCUAACCAUCUGAAGCUAAAAAUGUUAAAUAUAUAUUUAUGGAUUAUGAGAUUUUUAAAUAUAAAUUGUUCAAAUUAUAUAAAUGAAUUUAAAUACUUUACUCUAUUAAAUUUAUUAUUUGAUAUUACACUUAACAUAAAUGAUCAGUUUCAUAAAUAUGGUGACUAUGAUAAAAUGAGUAUGCUACUUUCAGAAUAUAAAAGUGAUAAUAAUUUAAAGAAUGAAAAUAAUAACAUUAAGAUGAAUGAAAUAAUUGAUGAAACGAAAGAACGUAAACGUCUUAUCUAUGAUAUUUUAUUUUGUAUAAAAAUAUUUAUUAGCAAAUAUCUUUAUAAUUUACAUAUAUUAAAAGUACCCAAUAUUAUGAAAUUUUUAAAUAUCCUUUGUACAUAUAAUAAAAAGUUAAAUAAUUACAAAAAUGAUAUAGAAGAAAUAUUAGGUGAUCAAAAUGUACCUAUUACCAAAUUAUUGUUAAAUAUAAAAAAAGAAGAUGAAAAUAUAGUAACACCCAUUUUAAUAAAAAUAAUAUUUUGUAUGUUAAAAAGUAAUAUAAAAAAAAAAGGACAACAUAAAAUGAGGAAAAAUAUGAUAUUUUAUUUAUCGGAUAUUUCUAAUAAUAAUUAUUGCUACUUAUUUUUGUCUGUUAUUUAUUCAUAUAUUAAUGUUUAUGAAAAUAAGAUAAAUUAUAAUAAUUUACUUAAAUAUUCAAAUAAAGAACUUGUACUCAUAAAAUUUCUAAACUCAUCUCAAGAAGAUUUAAACAAACUAUGGUAUUAUGAAUUUAAUGUACAGAAUAUAGAUAAAAUGAUACAUAAAAAUGGUAAUAUAUUUUCUUAUGAAGAUAUGUUUAAAUCUUGUUAUUGGGUCUUUCAAAAUUAUAUAAUUGAAAUAAAAAAAGAAGCCUUAUUUGAAACAUUUUAUUUUAAUAAAAAUUUUCAUAUAUUAGGACAAAUAUUAAAUAUUAUGAAAUUUAAAUUAAAUAAAUAUUUCCCAUUCUUCCUUCAAAUAUUUUUAACCAUUAUGCAUUAUAUAAAUAGUUAUAACUAUAUUUUGAAAAAUAAAAAAGUCAAAAAUUUAUUUAUGAAAAUGUGCCAUAUGGUACAUUAUGGUAAUAAUGGUGUUAUGGCUGCUUUUGAUGAAUAUUUAAAUUUACACCAAAAACAAUUAAAUAAUAUAAAAUCAAAACAUGUAAUUAAUAGCAAUAAUAAUAAUAUGAAUUAUAUGAAUAAUAUGAAUAAUCAACAUUUGGACAGUCAAAAUAAGUGUGAAGAUAAUAUAUAUUAUGAUAAUUCAAAUAAUAUGUGUAAUUUUAAUUAUGUACAAAGAAACAAUGAUAGUAUUAUAUGUACAAAUGAAAAAGCUAUUCAAAUAAAUACCAAAAGAGCAUACCUAAAAAAUAUACAUAAAACUUGUAUAGAACAUAUACAUUUUAUCAUGAAUAAUUAUGAUGAUAUGAUUCUACCCACAUUAAUAAAAUCAAAAAAUUUGUUUACAUUUAUAUUUUAUAAAAAUUUAAAAAAUAUAGGAAGAAAAAAUAAUUUUCUAAAUAUUUUAUUUCAUAUAUGGUCAAAAAAUGAAGCAUGUUAUGAUUUUUACAACAAGGUAAUACCUAAUUCUCUUUUAAUAUUAAUUAAAGCAAUUAAUAAUAAACGUAUUAUAAAUAAAUUAAAUAACAACGAAUGGAAUUAUGCAGUAGAUAAAGUAUAUGAUAUAAUUUUACGUUUGUGUGGUUAUGAUACUGAUACCUUUUUUAUAUCUAAUGUUUCAAAGGAAUAUAAAAAUGCAAAAGAGAAAAAGAAGAAAAAGAAUGAAAAAUUUAAUAAUAUGAAUAAUGUUAUAAAUGAACAUUAUCUUUUGUUAGAUAACAAAAUAAGUGCAACAUUAAAAAAAAUUAAUAACUAUAAUUUUCAUUAUAAUUCAAAAGGUAUGAUUAUAUUAAAACCAUACAUAUCACAUAUCAUUAUUUGUAUUCAGAAGACAUUAUUAAGAAAAUAUAAAUUAUAUGUAACUCAAAAGGGUAAUAUGUUAAAAUCGAUUAGAAAAAAGAAGAAUUUUGAUGAAUUAACAAUUAUUAAUAAUAAAGAGUUACAUAUAUUAAUUGAAUUAUCUGCUAUAAACAAAAAUAAAAUAUAUAAUAUACAUAUUAUUAAUUUGCUAAUUACUUUUGUGUUAAUUAAUAAAAAUUCAUUACAUACCAAAAAUAUAGAUUAUAUACAUAAAAUAAAAUUAAUAUUAAUAGCUAUAAAAAAAUUAAUUAUUCAUAUAUCUAAUGGCUCAUCAGAAAAAUCUACAAAUUUUAUAACAUCAGGAAAACACAGAAAAAAUACAAAAACGAAUUUAUCAUUUAACAAUAUUACAAAUAUCAAAAAUGUAUCUAAAUUAAAAAUGGAUACACACAAAAAAAAAAAUGAUAUAAAUUAUAAGGAUGUUCCUAAUUAUUCACAUGUAACAAACGCUGAAAAUACAAUAAAUAAAAAAAAAGGUAAAAGUUUUAUUUUUUCGAAUUUAUUAUAUUUUUCUGAAUCUUAUUAUAAUAUGUUAAAAACAAAUAUGUGUUAUAAAUUAAAAGGUAUGUUAUAUGAAAUUAUUCAAAAAUGUUAUGAUAUGAAAUGUCGAAUUCUUGCAGCAGAACUUUUAAUUAUGAUAGGAUGUAUAUUUUUAAAAAUAAAAAAUGUUCAGAAAUAUUUACAGAUAUUUAAAAAAAAUGUAGAUAUAUUCUUGGAAAAAACAAAUAAUUUAAAUUAUAAUUCUAAAAUUGUUUUAAAACAUAUUAUUAAAAUACCAAUAAAAACUCAAUUAAAAAAUAAAAAUAUUUCUACAAAUAAUUAUUAUUCUUUUCUUCAGACUGCUCAAAUAUUUUAUGGUCUUAAUAUUUUCCAUACAAAAUGUUCUACAUAUGAAUAUGAUUCGGACGUUCAAUUUUUAAUACUUUUAGAUUUAUGUAAUAUUAAAAUAUCAUAUAAAAUAUUAAAAGAUUAUAUGCUCAAUGGUCAAAGUAAGAAAUAUAUAAAUUGUCAAAUAAACAAAGAUAUAACAUUUUGCUCAAAACAAAAUGAUAAAAUAAUUUAUCCUCAAAAAGAAUUCAAAAAAUUCACAGUGAAACAUUUAUUUUUUAAUAGCAAUUUAUUAUUCUUUGAAGUUUUAUUAAGACAUUCCUUAUUUUUAAUAUUUAAUGAAGAAACAAAUGAUAUGGUAAGAGACAAAUCUAUACAGUUUACCAUAUUCUUUACAAAGUUGUUGAAAUGUUUGUUAAGAGGAUAUGAAAUAGAUAAUAAAAAUAUUAUUAAUAAUAAUAAUAAUAAUACCAUUCACGAUCAUAUUGUGCGCAAUAUUAAAAUAUGUAUACAUUUUGUUAUCAAUUUAAUAAUUCCAAAAUGUUUAAAUGCUCUUAAAAGAAAUAUUAAUGAAUUUACUAAAGUAGGUCUACAAAUUAUUUUAAUUGCAUCAAAAAAUAUAUGCCCAUAUAUAAACGUAUUGAAAUUGUUAAAUAUUGAACAAUUCAUAAAACUUGUUAAGAUGAAUUAUUCAAAAAAUAAUAUUUCUUUUUUAUCUCCUUCUAGAAAUAAUAUCAUAACAGGUAAUAGUUAUGCACAUUAUUAUAAUAAUUUAAUAAAUGAUGAAAAUAUUAAUGAACCACAUUUUAAAAUAUUAGAAAAAUUAUUAUUUUAUGAUUUAUAUUAUAAUAUAUGUACUACUUUGUCUAUAAGUAAUUCUAUGGAAAGUGCAAGUGCUAAUAGUCCAAGGAAUAAAAAUAAUCAAACGGCAUAUAUAAAUUCAAAAAAUAAGUACAAUGAUAUAAUUGUAGAAAAUAUAAUAGAUUUAAAAUCAGAGAAUAAUUUACAAGGUGUACAAAAAUUAAAUACUAUUACACCUAAUUUAUGCUUCUAUACAAUAAAUAAAAUAAUUAUACCGUUGUCUUUAAAUUUUAUAUUACAAAAAGAUACCAAAAAAGAAACUUAUAAUAAAGCGCUAACCUUACAAAGUAUAAAAUUAUUAGGAUUAUGUUCAGAAAAAAUUGGGGUAAAAACCAUUUAUGUUAUUUUAAGAUUAUUAUUAACGGAAAUGAAGAAAAAUUUACAUAAUAAAAUAUAUGUAGAAAAAACAAUUAGUCAUGUCGUAAGAGCCUAUCAUUUUAAGGAAUUUCAAAAAUUGGAGUAUGAACAAAUAUCUACGAAAUUGAAUUCUAAUAGUAAACAUGAGGACAAAACAAUGCAAGAUGAUAAAUCCAUACGUAGUAAUAAUGUACAUACGUCAUUUAAUAAUUAUGGGAACCAAAAUAUAACACGUGAUAUAAUAAAAAAUGUAGCACCAAAAGAUAACAACAUCAAUAAUAAUAAUAAUAAUAAUAAUAAUGAUGAUGAUGAUGAUGAUGAUGAUUAUAAUAAUUUGGACCAAAAAAUAUCAAAUGCAUAUUAUGAAAAGAAAAAAUUAAACGUACAUACCAACAAAUUCAUCUGUGAUAUUUUACCAGAACUCAAAUUUUUAAUGUUUGACAAAAAAUUAAUUAACGAUAAAAAGAAAAAGAAAAGUUAUAUAAACAAUUUGGUUGUUGAUUAUAAAAGUAAAGAUUCUGUCGCAAAACCUGAUAUAAUACUGACCUACUUAGUUAUAUUAAAUAAAAUAAAUUAUAAUUUUGAAAAAGAAUUACGUAAAAUAAUUUAUAAAUUAUGUUACUGUUUGUCUUCCAAAUUAAAUAUGGUAAGAAGUGAAGCAAAAAAAACGUUGUGUUUUAUUUCUAUGUAUCUUGGAUUAAAUUAUUUUGAUUUAAUCAUUAAACAAAUGUCGGAUUAUUUAACCAAAGGAUAUCAUAUACCCAUUUUUUUAUGUACAACCAACUCUAUUCUAGAAUCUGUGUUAUAUGAAAAAGAUAAAUUCUUAGAUAAGAAUUAUCUUACCAUAAAAUUUAAUAUGUUGAAUGAAUGCAAUUUUAAACGAGGCAAAGUAAAAAAUAAUGGUUUGGUAUCAAAUAAAAAAGAUGAAGUAAAGACAAAGGAUGAAAUAAAUAAAAAUGAUUCAGAAAACGUUUAUGAAAAAACAAAGCAGAAUUCUUAUUAUACCGAAUUUUGUGCAAAUAUUUUUCAUAUGAUUAAACUUGAAAUAAUUAACGAAAUUGAAAAGAAUACUGAAGAUGUAAAUAAAAAAAGAAUUAAACAAAAAACUAAAGAAAGUAAAAAAACAUAUGGUUCUAAUAUUAUAAGGUUAUUAACAAAUAUUGUUCCAGAAUCAUGUAUUGAAAAUAAUAUAUUGACAUUUUUGGAAAGCCUGUUUAGUGGUGAUUCGUUUGAAGAUAAUGAAGUAGAUAAAUAUUUUAUCUUUAAGAAAAAAUAUAUAUUUAUUGUAACGUGCUAUUUUAAUGACUUUAUUAAAGGUUUAGAAGAAAAUAAAAAAAUAAAUUCUAAGUUUAUAUUAAAUAUAAUAUAUAAAUUAUUAAUCAAAUCUAUAUAUUUCUUUAAAGGAGAUAUUAAUUAUGAUAAUUUAAUGGCAGUUAUGAAAAAUUCAAAUAUUUUAUAUUUCAAAUUUAAUCAAAUAAAUGAGAAAAUUAUUAACUAUCCAAUUUUCAAGAAAAGUUUCCAUUUCUAUGUAUCUAUUCAAACGUUGGAAGAAAAAUAUUUAGGACAUAAUUAUGAAAAUAAGACUAUACAAUAUCCGAAGAAGAGAAGUAAUCUUGAAAUAAUGGAGGGUUCAUUUCAAGGAAAAAAUAUAUAUGAUUCUAUAAAAAAAAUCAAUAAAUAUGAUUUUCAAGUUCAUGCACAGAUAUUGGCAAAAGUAUCUUUAAAAUUAUUUCAUUUUAUAAUAAAACGUUCCUCUCAAAUAUUUUCUGAUGCUACAAAUCUAUUAGAUACAGUUCAAAGUAAUAAUAUAUUACAUGAUAAUAAAAUAAAUGGAUUUAUAAACAAUACACAUGAUUACAUGAACAGAAAAGACAAGGAUUUUUAUAACAAUUUAUAUAACAUAUCAAAUUUUGUUGAUUUCAUACACAUAGUUGAACCAUUACUUGUAUAUUGUUUUUGUUAUGGUAAAGAAGAAGUGUUUAUUUUAGCAUCCAAAUGUAUAAAAACUAUUAAAAAGAAAAAAUAUAGUGAUUUUAAGAAAUUUGGAAAAUUAAUAAUUUUAUCAUCAAUAGAUAUUUUAAAAAAUCUUCCAAAUUAUCAUAGCAGAGAAUUUGAUAAACUAAUUUUAUCAUGUAUCGAUACUCUUAUAUAUUUAAUAAAAGGUAAUGACAAAAAUGAUAUUAUGUCAUGGUUAAAUUCCAACGUAACCAUUGAUCAAAGUUAUAAUAAUACAACUAAUAAUGAUAUAAUAAGUGAUGACGAAAAUCCAAAAAAAAAACAAAAGGGAGAAAAAAAUGAAAAAUAUAAUAAUAAUAAUAAUAAUAAAACAAAUGGCAUUUAUGAUAAGGAAGAGAAAGAAGAACAAAAAAAGGUACAAGAAAGAAAAAGAAAAUUAUGUUAUUUAUUAGAUGAAAGUGUUUUGUCUUCUCAUAAUUAUAAUGAUAGUGAUAAUAAUGUUAGCUCCAUGGAUGAACAAGAGGAAUGUAAGAAUUCUUUACGAUAUUGCCUACUAAAUCAAAUAUAUUUAUUAUUAGAAAGUAAAAAUCAUAUAUUUGAAUUAUUAAUAUUAUUUAAAAAUUGUUUAUUACGUGAAGAUUUAAGUAAUAUUAUACGAAAAGGUCCUGUAAUCUUAAAAAUCAAUAUGUGUAUUGAACAAAUAUUUAAUAUUAUGAUUGAAGAAUCACAUAAUUUGAAAUUAUCCUUUUUAUGUGGUCAAAUAUAUAUAGAUUUUUUUAUGCGUUUCCCAUUAUCUCAAAAAGAAAAGAAAAAAAAGUUUUUUAAUAUUUUAAAUAAUUUAAAUGAUGAAAGUGAUGAAUCAAGAAUUGCUGUAUUAAAUACAAUAUAUCUGUUUUUGAAUAGAGCAAAUUCGAAAUUGUUAAAACAAGAAUUUUAUUUUAUAACAUUUGCAAGUCUUCUAAUAAACUUUUCGAACGAAACAAAUUAUAAAUGUAGGAAAAUGUAUGUAUUCUUAAUAUCCUUACUUUUUCAGCAAAUAAAUGAUUUGGACUUUAUAUAUAAUUCUUACAAAAUUAUAAAGCAAAAUUUAAUAUCAGGAAUGAAAUCAUCAUUUGUAUAUUCUUAUUUAUACAUAUUACCAAUAUGUACUUCAUUUUUUCAUAAGGACAUAUCAAAUUAUUAUAGAUUAGUAUUUCAUGAUAUAUCACAACAAUGUGAUUAUCAAAAAAAAAUAUAUACUAAGGAAUAUAGGAGAACUAAAAAGGAGGAAAUAAUGAACUUAUGUUUACAAGCUAAGGGAGAAAUUACAAAUGGGUUAUUAAUAUAUAAUGCAAAUAAUUAUAAUAUAAAUAAUGAUAUAUAUGAUAAUAAUAAAAAUAAAAAUAAUAUGAUUGAUGAGCACAAUGUGGAUACCCAAUUUGAACAUAAAAUUCUUAAUCAUUUUAUUAAUCAAUUAUUAACAUUUAUCAACAAAAAAGAAGAUGAAAAAAAUAAGAAUAUUUGUUCAAAUUAUAUAGAGGAACAAAUUAAAAAAAAACAAAAUAGUAAUAAAAUGAAUAUAAAUAGUGAUAUAGAACAUAUGAACAAUAAUUGUAUAAUACAAGAUCAGAAUCAUAUUUCAUUAAAUAUUACACAAUAUUAUAAUAUAACAUUUAUGAAAAAUCAACUGGAAGAUUUAUUUUUAUCUAUUAUUUUCCAUCUCAUAGAUAAAAUAUUUAUAAAUAUAAAAUUGAUUGUAAAAGAUUAUGAUGAUAUAAUAAAACAUGUAUUUACAUCAAAUGAUAACAUAACAUAUUUUUGUAAUAGAUAUGAUAUAUAUAAACAAGUAGAUAAAGAUAUUGUAUAUUUAAUUUAUAAAUCAUUGGAACAAAUACUAUCUUAUUUAGAUAUUAAUUUAAUAGAAAAUAUAAUACAUGAAAAAUAUAGUCAUGAAAAUUAUAAGGAUAUUUUUAUAAAAAUGAUAGAAUUAAAAAAUAAUAAUAAUAAAAAUAAUUAUGAUGAUAAUAAUAUAGUAUUAACAUAUGAUGAUAAUAAUUAUGAAAAAUUAAUUAUAUAUUUUCUAUAUUUCUGGAAUUUAAUUUUUACGCAUGGAUUAAUGAAUAAAAAUCCAUAUAUACAAAUAAUAUCUAUGAAAAUCAUAAUAAAUUAUAUUAGCAAAAAAUUAACUAAUCCAUUCUUCCCAUUAUUAUUAAUUAAAUUGUAUACAACAGAUAAAUUCAUUAUAAAUAUUAUUAUUAAAAAGAUCUUAUCUUUAUUAUUAAAUUAUACAUUUUUAGAAUAUUUCUAUAUAUAUUACAAAGAAGUAAGUUCCUUACUUUGUCAUAUAUGUAACUUAUUAAUAUGCUUCCCUUGGAUUACCAAUGGAUAUAAUAAUAAAGAAAAUGAAUAUGAAAUUAAUCAUAUGAAGAAUUAUGAUUAUAUGAAAAAUUUAGAAACAUUAAACAGUUCACUAAAAUUAAACAACAAAGAUAUUAAUAUUUACAACAAUAAUAAUAAUAAUAAUAAUAUGGAUAAUAUAUCAACAAAUGAAGAAAAUAAAAAUAUAUACAUAACAAAAAAUGUACAUAACAAUAUAAGUGAUGAAGAAGAUAUAUAUAAUAAUUCAAGUGAAGAACAAGAGUUUAACAAAGUAAAUAAUAUAUUAAAAGAAAAUGAUGAAGAUGAAUAUAAAAAAAAUAAUAAUUCCAUUUAUAAAAAUAUAUCAAAUGAUUAUCAAAAUAAUAAAAAUAAAUCUUAUGUUAAUCAAAAUAUUGUUAUAAAUAAAGAAAUAUUAUCUUAUAGCAAAUUUUUCUUAAUAAUUAUAACUCUUUCUCGUGCUAUAAAUUUGCACUUGAAAAAUAAAAAAAAAUCAUUCACUCGUAUAUAUACCAUACUAAAUACAUAUAAACAAAUUAUUAUAGAAUUUCCUGUGAACUUAUGGAAUAGAGAACAUGGUAUCAUAAAUAAUGUCCUCAUUCCACUCUAUAAAAUAGCUUCCAUUUUUAAAAAAAAAGAUUUUGUCUUAAAUGAAAAUAUAUUUAAUGAAACGGACACAUACAAAAAAUUUUUGUACUUGUCAAGUUUUGCUUGGUAUAUAAUAUCUUUAUUGGAAAAAAAAUUAGAACAUAACCAAGAUGUAUUUAAUAAAGCUUUCAUUCAAACAAGACAGAGCAUCCAUCGAAUAAGAUUUCUGAGGAAAAAGAAGAAGAAAUUGAUGGCUGUUGCAAAUCCGAAAGUUUUUAUAUUGAAUAAAAUGAAAAGAAGAAAAAAAAAACAAUUACAAAAGAAACAAAGAAAAAUCUUGUUAUAG